CUCGGCGACCCCGCCCCCCGGCCCGGGAUUGGCCCUCGACGGGAUCCGUCGGGCGCGGUGGCGUCUGGGAAGGAGAGAAAAUGGCGGCGGAGCCGAGCAAGACCGAGAUCCAGACUCUUUUUAAGAGGCUUCGCGCAAUUCCAACCAACAAAGCCUGCUUCGACUGCGGCGCCAAGAAUCCGAGCUGGGCCAGCAUCACAUACGGUGUUUUCUUGUGCAUUGACUGCUCCGGCGUGCACCGCUCCCUGGGCGUGCAUCUCAGCUUCAUCAGGUCCACAGAGUUGGAUUCCAACUGGAACUGGUUCCAGCUGAGGUGUAUGCAGGUCGGCGGGAAUGCCAAUGCGACGGCUUUCUUUCGCCAAUAUGGAUGCACAACCAACGAUGCCAAUACCAAAUAUAAUAGCCGGGCUGCCCAGAUGUACAGGGAAAAGAUCCGGCAGCUGGGGAGUGCGGCCUUGGCUAGGCAUGGCACCGAUCUUUGGAUAGACAAUAUGAAUAGUGGCCCCAGCCACUCCCCGGAGAAGAAGGACUCUGACUUCUUCAUGGAACACACUCAACCCCCUGCCUGGAAUGCACCGGCCACCGACCCAGCAGAGAACCAGCAGCCUGCCUGGUGUGCGGAGAGCAGUGGCUUUGCACAGCCGGAGCAUGGCCCCAACACGGACCUGCUUGGCACCUCACCCAAAGCUUCUCUGGAACUGAAAACCUCCCUCAUUGGCAAGAAGAAGCCAGGAGCAGCUAAAAAAGGGUUGGGUGCCAAGAAAGGCCUAGGGGCCCAGAAGGUGAGCAGCCAGAGUUUCAGCGAGAUUGAGCGGCAGGCCCAGGUAGCGGAGAAGCUCCGUGAGCAGCAGGCAGCUGAUGCCAAGAAACAGGCAGAAGAGUCCAUGGUUGCCUCCAUGCGCCUGGCCUACCAGGAGCUCCAGAUUGACCGGAAGAAGGAGGAGAAGAAGCUACAGAAUCUAGAAGGGAAGAAGCGAGAGCAGGCAGAGAGGUUGGGCAUGGGCUUGGUGUCCCGAAGCUCCGUCUCCCACUCUGUGCUGUCUGAGAUGCAGAUGAUUGAGCAGGAAACCCCCGUGAGUGCAAAAUCCUCCCGCUCGCAGCUCGACUUGUUUGAUGACGUUGGUACUUUCGCCUCCGGACCCCCAAAGUACAAGGACAACCCCUUUUCCUUGGGGGAAAGUUUUGGUUCUCACUGGGAUACCGACGCUACCUGGGGCAUGGACAGGAUGGAGGAUAAGGAGCCAGAAGUGACCAUCUCCAGCAUCCGGCCCAUUUCAGAGAGAGUCACAAACCGGAGAGAGGUAGAGAGCCGGAGCUCAGGCCUCGAGUCCAGUGAAGCCCGUCAGAAAUUUGCAGGCGCCAAAGCCAUCUCAUCUGACAUGUUCUUUGGGCGGGAGGUGGAUGCUGAGUAUGAAGCCAGAUCUCGGCUACAGCAGCUCUCUGGCAGCAGUGCCAUCAGCUCUUCAGACCUCUUUGGGGACAUGGAUGGAGCUCACGGAGCAGGAAGCGUAUCUCUGGGGAAUGUGCUCCCCACGGCUGACAUUGCCCAGUUCAAGCAGGGUGUCAAGUCUGUGGCUGGGAAGAUGGCUGUGCUGGCCAAUGGUGUGAUGAAUUCUUUGCAGGAUCGCUAUGGUUCCUACUGAUCGAGCUCCGUGGUUCAGGCACGUGGUGGUGAUGGCAGCAAGAACCCCAUGAGCCCGGGCCAGGGAUGCUUGCCUUGCAGAAGCUGGGGAGGAAUUGUUACUGUCUGUGUGGUGUGCGAGUGGGGUGGCCUUUGAGGAUCUGGGGUGAGGGGAUGGACAGGACUAACCCUUGUCCUCUGCCUAUAGAGUGAACCCUUGAUUCUCCUCCCUGCACCCCUCAGCCCCACCCUCCAUCCCCUGCGUUCUAGAUUAUCGUCCUUCCAGUUCUGCCCCCCAAAGCUGCUGCUUACUUGUCCUGCCACACUGGGAGGGCG